CAUCUUUCGUUACACACGUACGCGUAUACGCGACUCGGGCAAUGCUGUGUGUUUCCAACGCGCUGCUCACCUUUACUGCGAGUGGUUUAGUAAUGAAAAAUCCGCGAAACAGUACGCAGGCGGCCACUCUCACUCGAUACGAUUGCGUUGUUUUACUCGUCGUUGCCGUCGUCGUCGUCGUCGCCGUCGUCGUGCGGUCGGUGUAGAAGUGUUUUGUUCCACUGUGCGCUGAGUGCAUUUUUCAAACGUUCGCGCGCGCGUGUACUCGACCUGUAGGCGGUUUACAAGUUGUUGCUUUAAAACAUCACCAGCAGCAAAACGGGGAACAGCAUUAAAGCGAAAGAAAAGGAUUACAAAAAAAAAAAAAAUAGUGAAAAAACAUCUUCCCAAAAGAAGUGAAAAACUAGUGAACAAAAAUUAGUGAACAAUAAUUAUUUCCUUCGUUUGCGUUUUCGGGCGUUUUUGUUUUUCUUUGCAACACACUCUACACUUGUUGUGGGCUUCUAUUGUUCUGUCACACGACAAACAUAACAAAACGGAAAACAAAAUAGUGCUGUGCUUGGUCCAUUGGUGACCCCCGCUCGAAAUCAAACACCACAACCCAAAAAGAACGCCCAUCACGUCAAGUGUCUACGCAGCGUGUAUGUCAACAAUUUAGUGUACGAUGCGAAUUUUCCCCCAAAACGGAAAUUAGGAUCCAGUGCAAACCGAUAACCAGUGCCGGAAUACCUUCUUCAGCUCGCGUUCGUUUGCUGGAACGUUUUGUUUGUUUGAGUAAAGUGAAAUAAUUUUCCAUUUUUUGAAAGCGUAGUGAACGAAGAGCAUUUGGUCUGAUAUUAGCAGCAGUGAGUGCAACGUGUGCAUCCGAUAAUUUACAAAAAAAUAUAUAUACAUACACACACAAAUAUAUAUACAUAUGGUGCCACGUUUCGAUGGCCGGUGGAAGGUUGUAGUGCGUGCUAGUGAACGGAACCGGCAAGCAGCAGCAGCAGCAACAGAAGUAGCAGCAGUCGUAGUGGCAGCAGCAGCAGCAGCAGCAAACAAGCAAUGAUUCAGGUCGACCCGGUUGGAUAUCCGUCAAACGUGAAAGAUGAGUCCAGCGCAGAUGAAGAUAUGAAGGAGAAUGGUUGUACAGAUAACGAGAACACAAUCGCGAAACCGUCGGUGCAAUUGUUAGCGAAGAUGUCGGAGGAAUUUGCCGAAAAGGCGGCAGCGGCGGCCCGGCUCAACGAUCAUCAUCUUCAUCAUCCGCAUUAUCAGUCGGCGGCGGCUGCGGCGACGACAGGUCGCCAUCAGCAGUCGCAGGAUCGGCCCGAUGGCAUCUCACCGAACGAGGAUAAUUUAAGUGAGGAUGAAAACAAUGACGAUGAGGAGCUGGCUGACGGACGGAGUUCCGGUGCAGCGACAGCAGUGGAUCGAGCGGCUGUGAACGAUCGAGCCAGUGAGCACGACGGCGAGGAUGUUGGUGGCGAUGACAAAAAGGGACAUGGUGGUGGUAGUGGUGAAUGUGGCACCGGUCGGAGCAGUCCCCGUUCACCGGUAUCGCUGGUCGGGCGGGUGAGCGUAAAUGAAGGACUUGGCUCCAUGCUGGCCGGCGGUGAUCAUCGUGACGAACCUUCGAACCUGGCGGCGGCUGCAGCAGCAGCCGCUCUCGGCGGACCAGCGGCGGCAGCUGCUCUGGCCGCAGCAGCCGCGGCAGCCGCCGCAGCAUCGGCAGCUAAAAACACGAACCCUGCCGCAGUUGGUGGAGGAUCACUGCCUGCGGGUGACUUCAACCCUGCCGCAGCCUUCGGAUUCCCAGCAGCACCACCCGCACCCGGCAUGUCCAUACAGGCGUUCCAGAAUGCAAUCGCUCAGUUCACGGCGAACGCACUGGCGAACAACAUGGACAACGAUACGGUGGUAAAGAAUCUGGCCAUCCUUCAGUCCGCCCUGUUCACGCUACAGCAGCAACAGUUUCUACAGUUCCAACUGAUACAACACCUCCAAUCGCAGCUGGUCAAGAAGCACACGGAAAAGGAGGACACACCACUGCUCGGCGGUGGUGCAGGACUGGCGGGGCUCGGCAGUAGCCCGGGAGCCGGUGUAGAUAGUGCAACGAUCGGUUUCCUCAACAACAACAAUAACAAUCACAACCAACACAAUCACAACAAGGGUAGCUUGCAGCAUCAACACUCGAACAGCAACAAUGGCAGUAGUAGACAUCAUCACCAUCAUCAUCAGCAGCAGCAACAACAGACCCAGCAUCUGCAGCAAAAUGUCAAAAAUGAGCCACAGGAUUUGCGGAAACCUUCGCACGGUUCGGUCGAUGCGGACGAGGAAGAGGAGGUAGAGGAGGAAGGGAUUGAGGAUGCGUUCAGCAAGAGCUACCAGAUGGCGAACAUGAUGGCGGCCGCAGCGGCAGCCGCCAAGUCGCACGUACCACCGCACGUCAGCGAAUUACUACGACCCUCGAUCCAUCCCAUACCGGAAGAGGAACUAAGGAAACCGAAAGCGUCGGACACGAGCAGCAGUAUGUUUGGGCUGGGUGUCUCCGAUAAGCGGACAGCAAGCGAACAAUCGGCCGUUAGUCAAUCGGGUGCAUCAUCGUUAGGCACUUCUGGUUCCUCCGCUCCAACGACGCAAUCUCUUGUGUCGUCGAACGCGACAAACACAACCGGUCGUUCGGAGAAAGAUGAAAUCCUGCCCUACCAUCAAGAUCACACCGGAUCAACGGGGAGCUUUUCGUCACUAGCGGCCAACAUCAUCACCGACCACGCACCAUCCAUGCUCGGUGAGCCGAACUCGCUAGCCAUGCUGGAGAAGAAAGCGCAGGAAGUGUUGAACUCCGCCUCGCAAGGUAUUCUCUCCAACAAUCUGCUCGAUGAGCUGGCAUUCGCGAACGAUAAAUCGUCCCCUAAUGGGCGCAACGAUGCGGCACUGUUCAAACACCGGUGUCGGUACUGUGGCAAAAUCUUUGGUUCCGAUUCGUCGCUACAGAUCCACAUCCGAUCGCAUACGGGUGAGCGGCCCUACAAGUGCAAUGUGUGUGGAAGUCGCUUCACGACGAAGGGUAAUCUGAAGGUGCAUUUCCAGCGUCACUCAGACAAGUACCCGCACAUCCCGAUGAAUCCGAACCCGGUGCCGGAACAUCUGGACAAGUACUUCCCACCGCUUAUCCCGCAGGAAGCCCUGAAGGAGCAGCAACAGCAACAACAACAGCAGCAGCAGCAACAGCAGACGGGCCAGUCACCUUCGCAGCCUUCGUCCAUGCCUACCGGGGGUCCUGGAGGACCUGGAGGUCCUAAUGGGCCGGCAGGCUUUCCCGGUGUUGGAGAGGGGCGUGCUCCACCAGGAUUCCCACCGCGCAGUUUCUUCCCCGACUUUUACAUCCCACGCCCUCCCCAUCCACAGCUGCAGGAUCUGUUUGGAGCGGCAGCUGCAGCGGCUGCAGCGAAUGAUGCCGCAGCUCGCAAUCCGGUGGAUCUGUCGCAGAUGAAGAAACCGGUAGAUCCGGUCCCACCACCAACGCGAGACGCAACACCCGAAAUGCGCAACAUGCAUUCACCGGAGUUAUCAAACGAUGCGCCGACGCCUGGCGGGGCUAAGAUUAAGCAGGAACCGAUGGACGAGUCGUUGGAUUUGUCCGACAAGUCGACGAAGGUGACGGGCGGUACGGGCCGUUCAACCAGCACACCGAUCCAGCAUCACCGGGAUAUGGAUGAGAGUAAGGAUGGUUCCAAGGAGGAUGCCCAGAUGAUGGAUCACUCGGAUCACCUUAAAGAUGACAAUGGACCGUUGGGUACCGGGGCGCUUAGUGUUCUGAACACUUCGACCAGUGAGAAAGAGUUCCCGCUAAAGUUGAAAAAUAACUCCAUCGAAAAUCUGGCCACAGUUCCGUCUGUAUCGCCACCGUCGAGUUCGUCAUCGGGCUCGCUCUACCAGGACACGGUCUUGGAUCCGUCUUUCUAUGCGGCGCAUCUUCCACGCCCGGAUAGCAACGAUAGUUCGUGGGAGAACUUCAUCGAGAUCUCGUCCGAAACGUCCAAACUGCAGGAACUGGUAGACAACAUCGAGAACAAGACGUCCGAACCGAAUCAAUGUCUCGUGUGCAAGAAGGUGUUGUCGUGUCGUAGCGCUCUUCAGAUGCACUACCGUGUGCACACGGGUGAGCGACCCUUCCGGUGCAAGAUCUGUGGCCGAUCCUUCACCACUAAGGGUAACCUGAAGACGCACAUGAGCGUACACCGGAUAAAGCCACCGAUGCGUACCCUGCAUCAGUGUCCGGUGUGUCAUCAGAAGUUCUCGAAUAUCUUCGUGCUGCAGCAGCAUAUACGGUUGCACACGGGUGAGAUGACGGAUCUUACACCGGACCAGAUAAAGGCAGCUGAAAUUAAGGAUUAUGAGGGUGGGGUGCCACCGCCCCCACACCCGGAUGCGUUGCGACUGAACCCGUUCGGGAUGAGGCUAGCCAGUGAGUUCCACCAGCAGCAGCAACAUCUCGCUCAGCAACAGCAGCACCAGCAGCAGCAGUUGCAUCAUCAACAGCAACAGCAGCAGCAACAGAACAAGCGUUCCCUAGAGCAUUCGGAUGAGGAGAAUGAUCAUGAGAACGGACCGCGACCGUCAUCGGUCGAUCGUGGUGUAACUCCUAUCGGCAAAAUGCCCAAAGUACCGAUCCACGAAAAGCUGAAAGUCAAGACGGGCCUAACGUCUCCGGCGAUCGAGAGUCAGGUGGAGGACCUUCGUACGAUGAACCUGCAGCGGCUUUCGAUGCGAUCGCUUCCGCCGGCGGAUGAUUCGUUUUCGCGAGACUCAUCCUCCGCCAGUCCCACCACCGCCAUGUCCACCGGUUCUGAAGCGAAGCGUCUUCGCUCUUCCAGUCCCUCGAACACGUCCUCCUCGACGGUACAUUCGCGCCGCUCACCGAUCUCAACUCCACCGACGGUGGGCGGUGCGGAGCAGGCGAGUGCGGCGGGACGGGCCGCGGCAGCUGCAGCCGCUGCGGUUGCCUUCCCGUACGGGCCUCCGUUUCUCGGUAUGCCACAGUUCCCGCCAUUCAUCAAUCGGCCGCCAUUUCUUGGCAAUGUUCCGAUCGUGCCACCCGGUUCCAGCAUGCCACCAUUCGGACUUUUCGGCGUUCGUGGAAACACAACAACUUGUAAUAUUUGCUUUAAAACUUUCGCCUGUAAUUCCGCACUCGAAAUUCAUUACCGAAGCCAUACGAAGGAGCGCCCAUUCAAAUGUUCAAUCUGCGAUCGAGGAUUCUCUACCAAGGGAAAUAUGAAGCAGCACAUGCUCACACACAAAAUCCGUGAUAUGUUCGGCAGCUCGGGUGGCAAUUCCGGGGAUGAGUCACGCACUCAAACCCCACCCCAGGAUAACCAUUCGCAGUCGUCCAAUGGUUCGGAGUCGCACCACCAGUCAUCACACCAGCAGCAACAACAGCAAGAUGGCGGUGCGCAGGACUUUUCGUCCUCCGGUGGUGGAAGACAUCGUUACGGUGGUGGCAGCCGUGAACGGUCCAGAUCCGCCGGCAGCUACGACGAUGGACCGUCGAAACCGUUGAUGGAAAUGGCCGACGGUGGUCCGCCGGGAUCGGCUGUGUCGGACGAGAAUGGAUCGAGCAGCAUGGCGUCGAUCGCAUCCGAUCGGGGCAGUUCACCGACACCGUUGAUGGCGGGCAGUGCGGCCGCUGUAGCAGCCGCUGCUGCAGCUGCUGCAGCCGCUGCGGCCGCUGCUGCCUCCAACAACAACUACAACGAGUACGGCAUGGGAAAGGAGGUGGUCGAUCUGAAAAACUGGUGCCAGAAGCUGAAGGAAAUGCCGGAAAACAUUGCCGCGAGUUGAUAAUGUACGCGCAACAGUACGCUGGUAGGUGGUGGGCUUAGCACUUCCCGGCCUGGCGAAGGUUAAACACACUCACACACACGGAACAACAAUCGAAUUUCUCUACCAAAGCUGAAAGCUGACACGAGACAGUGCGAGCAAUGAGCAGCUGUUGGGACAAAAAAAAUGCAGAACAAAACAGAAAAUAAUCAAAACACACCGACACACAUAUGAAAGGUGCGUAUUAUGGCGCGAUUUCGGCAAGGACUCUUCGAGACGAAUCGCUGCGUUACAUAUCAAAGAACUUCGUGUUCCGUUUCGUUUACCAUUACUUUCUGCACUGCUCCUACACACAGAGAUGUAGAGACUUUUGUGAUUUUUUUUUGUAAAUAGCAAAUGAACGUUACUCCACGGCACUAUCACACAUAUUGGCGGAGUUUUGGCGGUUGGAAGGUUUUCAAGUUGUGCAAAAAAAAAAAUAACAAACAAACAAUCGCAAAACUAGUGAAGAAGUAAACAGCAAAAGUAAGUAACCACAAUGUUAUUUCAAAAGUGAGUAAAGGUGUUAGAUAAAUCAUACAAAACAGGUAGGAGUAAUGAAAGUAAUGAAAACAAAAUGCAAAAGAAGAGCAAAACAAAAACACAGAAAAAGCAACAAAAAAUAUACAACAACCCCCCUCUCCCCCCAUAUAAAUCGCUGUAUGUGAGUGUGUGUGUGUGCGUGUCAGUGUGUAAGUGUAUGUAAAUGUACAAUGUAUCGUAGACAUUGCGCAAAACGCAAACUGUAGUUCAAAACGCUCGAUUUGAUGAGUGACGGAAAUGUGCAACACACAUGGAUAAGAUGGCAGCGGAAAAAUCAAAGUACACUGUGUGUGUGUGUGUGAUUGUGGAAAUGGAAUUGUGGGGUAGUGAGAAAGAGAGAGAGAGAAAAAGAGAGAGCGAGCGUUUUGUUUAAGUGUGCACACAAAACGCAUAUUAUCAAAAACAAGAAGAAAAACCCUUAUAUGUAGCAUUAAGUUUUAGGUGUGUAUAGCUGCGACAGCAAACUAUGAAGAGAGUAGAUAAAAAGCAAGAAAAAGCGAAAAAAAAAUAAGAAAAAGAAAAUACAAGACAGGAAAAAGAAAAACCAAAACAAUCGGAAUGUUUCACAAGAAGAAAACAACAACAACAAAAAAACAAAACAAUGCGCAUGUGUUUCAAAUCGAAUUAAAUCAAACAGGUCAAGUGGGUGAAAAAAGAGGAAUGUUUUGCGUGCGAAGAAAAGUGAAACGAUUGUGAGCUUUUCUGAUCGAUUUUUUGUUCUGUGGUUGUUGUUGCUUUGUGAUUGUGGUGGUGAAAUGGGGAAAAGGUCUCUCAUAUACACGAAACUGUGUUAAUCAUAAAAUGAGUAAACACUAGAAGAAAACAACACAUUGCAAAAAAUGGGGAGAAAAACAUAUAAGACACUCCUCUUAGCUACUACAAAACGAACAAAACCAAUAUGUGACAAAAAACAAACACAAAACAGCACUGUUUUAUAUUAAGCUGAGAAAACUUGCGACAAAACAAAACAACAAAAAUAAGAGAAGAAAAAAAACACGAGAGCAUCAAUGCAUCAACACGAACAUUACAGGAAUUUGUGCAUAUAGUUUACGUUUGUUUUCUUCCCCCAAUAAUUCCCAAUGAUCGAUGAUUUAAAUGUAUGGUUUGAAGUUGUUUUUUUUGUCACCCGUUCAAGGAGAAAAUUUGACGAGGAAGUAAGAAAUGGAGAAGGAGGAACCUGCCGUUCAUUUUAGGUUUGUUGCUUUCUGUUCUUCGUCACGCACUAUUGUCAGUGUGGGCUGCUUUGUGGGUAGCCCCAAGCAGUAACGAUCGCAAUUCGAAAUGAAACAACAUUUUUGUGAUAAUUUAUGUUAUACACUAGCUACUGGGAAUAUUAUUCGUAGGUAUUUAUACUCUAUUACUUUUAAGGCGCUGUUUUUUUUUGUAUUAUUUCCAAUUAAUAAACCAAACCACUGUGGAUGAAAAUGAUAAAGUAAAAA